AUGACCUCCCCAUACACCCAAACCAAAACCACGCUCCUGAACUUCCCUCACGUCUUUCUAUCACUCCCCACGUCCCCAGCACCAUUACAUAUUUCGCAGAAGUCUUCGAAUACAACAAUAUCCUCCCUCUCCCUCCACCCAGCCCUGGAAUCAACCUUGCACCUCCUCAACAACGACCUGCCCUCCGCCCACUUCUUGUUGCGGCACGCACAGUCCGCGCCCGCGUACGAGUGCAUGUAUCUGCAUGGGAUACUGCAUCGGAUCGAAGGCGAUGUGGAUAAUGCAAGGUGUUGGUAUGACGAUGUGAUGGGGAGUGAGGUUUUGGAAGGGGUUUGGGGGAAGUCAGGUGGGCGAAAGGCGGCCGAAGAGCGGCGGGAGAAGGGUAGGGGAACGGGGACGGAGUGGGAGGCUUUCCUGGACAGAGUGGCGCGGUGGCGGGAUCAUGUCGCGGGGCGGAUGAAAGGCGGUGAGAAGAGGGAGAUAGAUUGGGAAACGGAGGAGAGGGAGUUGAGGGAGAAGAGCUUGUGGGAAAUGAAGCGUGUGCUGGAGUUCGUGGAGCGGAAAUUUGGCACUGAUGAGGUGGGUGUUGCAGAGGCAAAGGCGGUGUGGGUGCAGCCGGACAAGGAGCAUGGGGAUAAAGCGAAUGCGAUGAUUGUUGGUGGGGAGGGCUGGAGGGAAUUCUGA